AUGCGGUUCUCUACUACAUCUCUCCUGGCGGCGACUUCGUUACCCCUCGUUGCGGCACAGCUAGAUUUGUAUGCGAAGAAAACCGGUCUAAAGUACUUCGGGGCAGCGACUGAUUCUCCUGGCCAGAGAGAGCGCGCUGGCCUAGAGGCAACAUACCCGCAGUAUGAUGCUAUCAUAAGAGACACGAAAGAGUUUGGCCAAACUACGCCGACAAACGGCCAGAAGUGGCUGUUCACGGAACCAGAGAGAGGAGUAUUCAAUUUUACGGAGGGUGAUAUCGUAGCCUCGAUCGCUGCGGAGAGCGGCCAGUUGUUGCGGUGCCACACUUUAGUCUGGCAUAGCCAACUCGCGCCGUGGGUUGAGGAAGGAAAGUGGACCCCUGAGGAACUGCGCUCGAUAAUCAUCGAGCAUAUCACACAGGUCAUGGGUCACUAUAAAGGUCAGUGUUAUGCGUGGGAUGUGGUUAACGAAGCACUCAACGAGGACGGAACAUACCGCGAAUCCGUAUUCUAUAACGUCCUCGGCGAGGAAUUUAUCAAGUUGGCAUUCAGUACAGCGGCGAAGAUUGAUCCAGAUGCAAAACUGUAUUAUAACGACUAUAACGUGGAGUCACCGGGAGCUAAGAGCGAGGGGGCUAUCCGAAUUGUCAAGUUGCUACAAGAGGCAGGGAUUAGAAUCGACGGGGUCGGAAUGCAAGCUCAUCUUGUGGCAAGUAGAGCACCGACGUUUGACCAGCAGGUCGCCGUCAUGGAAUCGUACGGCGCUCUCGGCGUGGAGGUGGCUCUAACGGAACUAGAUGUUAGAGUUGAGACACCGGCAAAUGAGACCAGCAUGGGGUGGCAAGCCGAGGUUUACAAGAACUCUGUUAGUGCGUGCGUGCAAGUUAAGGCAUGCGUAGGCGUAACGAUCUGGGACUUCUACGACCCUUUCAGUUGGGUUCCAGCUGUAUUUCCGGGCGAAGGAGCGGCACUACUUUGGUUUGACGACUUCACGAAGCAUCCGGCCUAUUACGCUGCUAUCGAGGGGAUGAAGAACAAGACUGGGAAUUACACUUCUAAGACAAGAAGGCGUGCGGUAGAGAUCAAGAGGAGUAGUCAACUGUAUUAG